AUGCUAGGGCCGACUGUCAUCAUCGGUCUGGCCUACUCCGUGGCUGUAUUCGUGUUGGGGUCCAGCGAGAUGUCGGGAGGGCACGGCAGUUUCCAACGCCGACUCAAGAUUAGUGAUGUUGACAUUGUCGUCCAGGAUUGGGACAAUGCUGAUACUUUCCCAGAGAGUGUUCUUAUCAGAACGCCUUCAUCGUAUGCGGUGGCGAAGGAGGCGGAUCAGAUUCAAGCCGUUCAGCAGAUCUGCGACCAACCUGUCACUCCGGAGCCUGCUGCGGUUUCGGAUAGAGCCGAGGUUGAUGCUGUUGAGAUUCUCUCACCAUUUGCUUUACUACAAGUAGUUGAUGGUGUGGUAUUGGCAGAAGGCAGAGUUUUCCCUCAGGAGGAUGUGAUGGCUCCUCCUGUAGAGGGAGAGGAGGUUGGGUCGUCAUCGUUGGGGGCCGCUUUCAAGAGAUCUAGUGAUGUUGGGGAAGGAGUGGUAGGGGGAUUGAUUAUGGAAAAAAGGGAGGAGGGUGGCGUUGUUGGUCAGGAUGAGGGAGAGUAUGCGGCGGCGGCGGCCUUUUCGUCAUCGAGUUCUGAAGCUAUUGAUGAAGAUGACGAUAAUGAUGAUGAGGAUGAUGAUGAUUCGACAGUUUCUGUGGGGGGAGGCGAGGAGACCGGUGAAGAGGAGGAAGAGAAGGAGGCCUCUAAGGAGUUGGAUGCUGAGGCUUCGUGUGUCCCCAGUGGGGAGUCGGCUUGUCCUCCUGUUGGGGAUGGUGAUGUGGAUGAGGGCAAUGAGGAGGAGAAGUUGGGGGAGGUCUUCUGGGGGCUCUUUAUCGAUGAGGAGAAGGAAAACAACAACCAGCAGCAGCAGCAGCAGCAAGGGGAAGAGGAAGACCCUCCAAAGGUACAGACUUCUCAGACACAUACGACGAUUACGCCGAAGAGGAGGAAACUGCGGCAGCAUAGGGUCAGCGUUAUAAUCCCCAAGGACGCCUUCAUCCCCACUGAGCUGCGCUACCACGGCCUAGUCCCUCUCAUCGAUGACAAGGUCAGCAGUAGUCUGUUGCCUAGUGGGGAGCUGAGGUCUAGUAAGCUGUGGAGGAAGUGCAAGAGGCAACCGUCGAAGGUCACUGUGAAGGGCGGCAACUGGUUGACGGUUGGCAACGUUGCAAGCGGUUCUCUUAUGGUCACCUUUCCUCACUUGACCAAGACUUACGCGAUAGAGGCUGAUAUUAAAUUUGGGGGGCAGCAGAGGAAUGUGGACCUACCUGAGGAAGUGCUGGCCAUUCUGGGGAUUGAGAAAAAGACUCUUUUAGAGAGGGCAGCGAGGAAGACCGGCAAGAUACUGGGCACGAUCAAGGCACCUCCUCCUCGGGUGUUUGGUUUUGAUCCGACUCGGAAGUAUAUUGGGAAGAAAACUAAAGUUCUAGUGACAAUAGCGAAGUCGACCUCGAUAUCUGGGCCGCAGUUGACAACAAUGAGAGAGGACCUAGGGCUGGCACCACCGAGGAAAGGAUUAGAGAUGGAGGGCUGGCUAAGGGAGGACGGUAUCAUUCUCUCUAAUGUGUUCGCGCCCAUGAAGAGAAACAAGUUGUAUUACGCUGAGAUAAUAAAAGGAACGUGGAUGACGAAGGGCCGACAUAGUGCUUGGGGUAAGGCGAGAGUACGGUAUGGGCAGAAGGUCUCACCUGUUAUGGACAUACAGUUGAAGUUCCCUAAGGGUAUUCCUAACAAGGCAUUCAGGGCUCUCGAGUUACAUGAAAAACAAUCUUUGUGGGCUAAGAGCAACAAGUCGACUAUUCAAAGGCAUAUUGAGGAACUUCGAGAAGAGUCUGAGGCUAAGGGGAAAAUUCCCUCGGAAAUGGCGACGGCGCAGAUAAAGGAUAUUCUGAAGAGAGCUAAUGAGUUGGGCAUGGGCUUAGUUCGCAAGCGCGUCUUGGAAUACGAGCCUAGGAUUUUCGAGGAAAAGAAGGCUCGCAUGAGCACCAAUGACAUAGUGCACGAGUUGAAUAGGAGGAAGAGAGUAUGGAAGAAGGCGGAGAGGAAGAGUGGAGGGGCGCUUACCCCCGCAGAGAGGGGACGAUUCGCCUUAGUCCUAGGUGACAGAGUCGACGCUUAUGAUCCGGACUUCUUGAAUGCCAAAUUUACUGACGACGAGAUGAGCUAUACUCUCGAAAAACGAGUCCCUCCAAAACUUUUGUUGGAAAGAAUCAAGGCAUUCAACAAGCUUAGCAAGGAGGAACAGGCCGAGCAGCUUGCACCGUGGAAGGCCGAGAGAAGGGAGAAGGAAGAGAAGCUCAUCGAGAGGAAGAAGAAGGACGACACCUUCAACGGAUUUGGUAACCCCCGAAAGCACAGAGUUGUCUCAGCUAGAUGA